AUGGGUUUCCUCAACGCCCUGAUCAACUGGGUCUACCAAGUUAUCCAGGUAUUUUUCGCUCAGGUGUUUGCCCCAAAUCCUCGCCAACCGCGGCCGAAAUUGCAUAGCCCUCGCAUCGCGGUAAUUGGAGCUGGUAUUACGGGAGUGUCGUCUGCUGCGCACUGUGUUGGCCAUGGUUUCGACGUUACCUUGUUCGAAGCCAAUAGUCGUGAGCACUUGGGCGGAAUAUGGAGUCAAGUAAACAAUACGUCCAGUCUGCAGAUCCACAGCAUUAUGUAUCGAUUCCAUCCAUCCGUUCGCUUCAAGCGAGGCUACCCAGACCGGCAGGGAAUCAUCAGAGAGGUCACGCAUCUAUGGGAACGCUAUGGGCUACAGAGCCGGACCAAAUUUAACUCGAAGGUCGAGUCCAUUUGGCAUGACAAGGGAAGUGGAAAGUGGUACGUUCAGGACCCGUCUAAUGGGGUGUUCGACGGGGUGAUUGCCGCCGUUGGCACCUGCGGCGAUCCCAAGAUCCCCCACAUCCCCGGCCAGGAGAAGUUUCAGGGUCAGGUCUAUCAUUCAUCGCACCUUACUGGCAAAGAUAUCAAGGACAAACGACUGCUUGUAAUCGGGGGCGGAGCCAGUGCAAUCGAGGCAGUCGAAUUUGCGGUAUCGCAGCAGGCUUCGAAGACGAGUAUCCUUGCUCGCACAAACAAAUGGAUUAUUCCUCGCAAUCCCUUUAUUGAUGCAUUGCUAGCGAUGAAUGUCUUCGGCGAGGAGACUAGCCUGGGAUGGAUGCCCGAAUGGCUUCUAAAAAAACUCUUCUAUCGUGACCUUCAUGACUUAGCACCAGCCAAGGCCGGCCUUUACACGGAGACGCCCAUGGUCAAUGAUGACAUUCUUGAGCAAGUUCGAACUGGGCAGGUUGACUGGCUACGCGGUGAUAUCAAGGAGUUCAAGGAGGAGGGCAUCUUGUUCAACCAUCGAGAGAAAGGCAUACCUAAAGGUGGCCCAGGACACGAAGAGCUGAUCAAGGGCGACAUUUGUGUUAUGGCAACAGGGUUUCACCGACCCAGCCUGGCAUUCUUACCCCAGCAAUGCUUCAAGCCUCCGUACAGUCCUCCUAACUGGUUCCUCCAGACCUUUCCACCGGGACAUUCAGAUAUAUGUGCAAAUAACUGCACCUACGUCAACGCAAUUGGUACAGUGGGCAAUAUCCAUAUUGGUCUCUACACUCGCUUGCUCCUGAUGUUCAUUGUCGACCCCAGAGCCAGGCCAUCCCCGGCUUGGAUGCGUGCUUGGGUUGAUUGGACGCGAGCUUUCAAAGAAAAGGCCCCUGGGGGUGCGCUAGAGUUCUUUACUUACAGCGAGCUUGUUUGGUGGAUAGUGUUUAGCCUUGUCUCGAGCCCUCCCCGGUGGAAAUGGAUAUUAUUUGUGCUUGGUGGCUGGGGUGAUCCGCUGCCAUCAAACGGGGUGCAUCGGCAUGACGAGACAUCGACUAUGUUGGCAGUUUCAGACGGCGGGGGAGCAAAGUGA